AUGCAGAGAUCGGAAGCCGCUAAUGACUUCCACGACUGCUCGCCGUCAUCACCCUCAUGUUAUGCAAGUCGCUCCGAGCCUGAAGAAUCUCCAAGCCCUUCAGAUUCUUCUGGCGUGACUCAUUCUUCUCAAGCUCCCGAACAUCUCUCAAAUCAACAGGAACCACAAGAAAUCAAGAUUACUAUUGACCAUCAAGGGAAAAGAGAAGAGGAUUCCAAGAGCCCAAAAGAAAGCAUUUCAGAUAUUAAGACAACAACCCCAGAGCACGAAUCCAUUAGCAUCAUCCCCCCUGAAAGAUCCAAUGCGGUACAGGACUCAAGACCAGAUUCAUGUGCGAUUUGCAUGAACAGUGAUGAAAUCAAAGAUGCAAGAGUGAAAUUGGAUUGCCAGCACGGCUUUCAUUCAAAAUGUAUUGGACUGUGGAUAUUGAAGAACAAUUACAAGGCGAACUGCCCUACUUGUCGGCAACCAAUUAGCUUGAAAACUGCGAUGAGAAUCACAGGAUGCACAUCACUUGCAUCAGUAACCAAAGCCCGAGUGGUUGGUUAUUACCAUUCUCAUGCUCCAAGUCGGGGAGAUAAAUUCUUGGGCAUCCCUGCUUAA